AUGAGAGAUCUCCAAGAAAGUCGACCAAGUGGUAGAUCAAUACCUGCAGCUCGGUCUCCAAUCGUCCACAACGCAACUUGCCUGGACGAGGACAAGCGCAUCGUCAAGACCAUGAAGCUCGCUGCUCUCGCCGUCGUCGCUGCCGUCGCUGUCGCGGGCGUUUCUGCUGCCGACCAGCCUGCCCUGCGCUCGGUGGACAAGCCGGCCGAGGUGGCCCCGGCUGCUGGUGCUGCGAACACCCCGAGUGGAUCCAAGAAGGAGCAGUGCGGAGGCUGGGGAGGAGGCUGGGGCCCCUGGGGUGGAAUGGGUAUUGGCUGUGGCGGCUGGGGAGGAGGCUGGGGCGGAGGCUGGGGUCGUCCGUGGGGUGGCUGGGGAUGGGGAUGGUAA